AUGGCUGAUACUGGAAAUGCAUGGAAUAUCCAUAAUCGUACUGUUCUUCCACAAAUUCAAGAUCAAUCUAGCAUUUACUAUAUUCAUCCGUCCGAUUAUACUUCAUCACAAGUAGUUUCUGUGAAAUUUAAUGGUAAUGGAUUCACAAAUUGGAAGCGAUCUAUGGUUCGCAGCUUAAUUUCUAAGAACAAAUUCGGAUUUGUUGACGGCUCUGUUGCUAAACCUGAUACAAAUUCGCCUGACUUCAAAGCUUGGGAGCGAUGUAAUACGCUUGUUUGCACAUGGUUAAUUGCUAAUUUGGAUGAAACUAUUGCUGGAAGUGUUAUGUGUUUCAGCAAUGCAAUUGACAUUUGGUGUGAUCUUGAGGAUCGUUUUGGAUUUGCUACUAUGGCACAGGUUUAUGCUGUAGAACAACAAUUGACUGAUGUUCAUCAAGGUUCUAAGUCGGUUUCAGAAUUCUAUACUGAAAUCCGAACUCUAUGGGAUGAAUUGAGUGAUGCUAGUCCUCUAGCUUUCUGCACUUGUAACAAAUGUGUUUGUAAUGUGAAUCAGCGUAUACGCAAGAAGGAGCAAGAGCGUAGACUCAUCCAAUUCAUGAUGAAACUUGCAGAUAAGUUUUCUACUAUUCGAGGUAAUAUUCUUAUGCAGCAACCAUUACCUCCUAUUGCAAAUGCUUUCAAACUGUUUUCUCAAGAGGAGAGGCAUCAAGAAAUUGCACAGUUAAGUUCUAAUACUGAAUCACUGGCCUUCUUGGCUGACAACAAGAAGACACUAGAUCACAGUCAACAGAGUGCUAAUUCAGCUUAUUCUGGUACUAAACCUAAUUCUGUUGCCAAGAGAAACAGCAAGUAUUACUGCACACACUGCAAAAUUGCUGGUCACAGUAUAGAAAGAUGCUUUAAGAUCAAUGGUUAUCCUCCUGGUUUCAAAGGCUUUAAAGACAAGAAGAUGGCAGCUAUGUCUUCCAGUAAUGCUAGCAAUGAUGACACUGCACAUAUCACCAAUGCUCAGUACCAGUAG